AUGACAUACGAAGACUUAAAAAGCUUGGGAUUAGCAAAAAUAGAGAAAUAUUUGCGGAGGAACGGAAAUUCGUUGGCUAAUUUGAAUGGGAUGCUUCUUGCUGAAGACUUGGUUAUGGAUAAAAAUAUUAACCAUCUCAUUAUGGAUGAGAAGUGCUACAAUCGGGAAGAGUUAAAAGGCGAACAUGAAAAGUUACUAGCAACGAUAACAGAUGAGCAAAAGCUUAUUUAUGAUGAAAUACUACAUGCAGUAAAUCAUAAACAUGGAGGUAUGUUUUUCGUUUACGGUAAUGGUGGGACAGGAAAAACAUUUUUAUGGAGGGUUUUAGGCUCUGCUCUUCGGUCAAGAGGGAAAAUAGUCUUAAAUGUUGCAUCAAGUGGUAUAGCUGCUCUUCUGUUGCAAGGGGGAAGAACAGCUCACUCUAGGUUUGGGAUUCCUAUUGCCGUCAAUGAGUUUUCAACAUGCUCGAUAAGUGCUAGUUCACAUCAAGCAGAUUUGAUUAAAGAGGCUGAACUCAUUAUAUGGGACGAAGCUCCAACGAUGAGUAAACACUGCUUUCAAACUUUAGAUAGAACUAUGAGAGAUAUACUCAAAUGUGACAAGGUUUUUGGUGGUAAGGUAAUCGUCUUUGGUGGAGAUUUUCGGCAGAUCUUACCAGUCAUAGUUGGAGGCAAUAGAGUGGAAACUGUGUUGUCAGCUUUGAACUUAUCAUAUCUGUGGUCAAGUUGCAAAGUUAGGGAACUCACAAAGAAUAUGCGCCUUCUAGGGCGGAGAUAA